CAAUACUGUAUAAAGCAUUGCAUCAGGCACACAACUUUGACACAUGUUGUCUUCCCGGCAUGAACUAUUGAUCAUUAUGCCUGUCAUGCAGAUUUUGACUUUGAUUAUAGCUGGCACUUUAGCUGGUUUAGCUACUGGCGAUGAAGUCUUAAAAGAAAAAGACAACUGGUCGACUAUAGACUUCGCCUAUGCCACGGAAGGAGACCGCCUCCAGGCCUUGGCAGAUGGGUCCUAUGUUCCUGAAAACGUCAUACCCAACGGAAUAUCUGUCUGGACUAAUAAGAUGGUAUUCAUGUCGAUGCCACGCAGGAAAAAGAGCGGUAUCCCAGCGACUCUCGCAUACUUUUCCUACGACGACCUAAGCACCUCACCCAAGCUGAUACCUUACCCGAGCUUCAAAGACAACAACGUCAGCGAUUGUAACAACAUCAUCUCCGUCAAUCGUGGACACAGGAUUGACAAGUACGACCGUCUUUGGGUACUCGAUUAUGGAAAAAUUGGAAAAGGAAAAGAUGCUGAACAGCUGUGUCCUCCAAGGAUUCAUAUAUUUGACCUCAAUACGAGCAAAAAGAUCCUCAUGUACACAUUGAAACCCACUGACUACUUCCCCUCCUCAAUCUUCACCUCUAUAGUGGUGGACAGUGGAAUCUCUAGCGACGACUGCUGGUUGUACGCCGCUGAUCAGAUCGGCAUCAUCGUCUACUCCCUCAAGGACAACGACUCCUGGCGCUUCGACCAUCCUUACUGCUGGCCCGACCCGAUCUCUGGGGAUUUCAACGUUGCGGGUCUCAACUUCCAGUGGUCCAAGGCCGGGGUGUAUGGGCUGGCCCUAUCCCCCCUCAACAGCGAGGGCUACAAAACCCUAUAUUUCCACCCUCUAGCCGGAUUCAGGGAGUUUUCUGUUUCCACAAAGAUCCUUCAAGAUAAGAAUAAAGUAAAUGGUAACUACCAUAACUUCAAGAAAGUCGGGUCCAGAGAACAGCCCGGUCACGUUUCUACGCAAGUUAUGACUAGAAAUACCGGAAUUCUGUUUUUCAAUCUGAUUGACAAAAACGCACUUGGCUGUUGGAACUCAAAUAUGCUAUACAAAAAAGACAACUUGGCCAUUGUUGCAAAGGAUGAUGAGAAAAUGGUAUUUUUGAGUGACACUAUUAUUGACGGGAACGAUAAUCUUUGGACUCUCUCGAACCGACUUCCUGAGUACCUUAAUGACAAGAUGGACUUUACAAAAACCAAUUUUCGAAUCUUUUCUGCUCCUGUUAAUGAUCUUGUUUUCAAUACAGCGUGUGAGCCUUUCCUCACCUCCAGUCCAAAAAUGACAUCUGCCAUCGAAAAUUAACGGUAAAAUAAUAAAAAGGUAUUUGGUGAUGUACAACAUAACUAGUUAGUGAAUUACAUUUGAAAUAUAGUAAGUUAUCGGUAAAGCCUGAAAUGCACAUUUAUAACAGACAGCCUAUAGAAAAAUGCUUUUACGUUUAAUAGGGGAAUCGAACGUAUCCCACAGAAUGGAGAUUAUGUUUUUAGUGGCUAAUGGCAUGGCUUAAAAGCGUACAAAUUUUACAGACGUAUCCAUCCAUGCAUGAAAAUAUUAAUUAGUUAUGAGGAAUUACCUCAAUUGAAAAUAGAUUUAUUUACCUGUAACACAGCCAUUUUUAAUUCAUUUCUGAUCUAAAAUGAACUUUUAUGAAUUUUAAUAUGCUUAUAGGGUGUACACAAAACUUUUUAUAUCAUUCCAUGGACUAAAAUAAGCUAAAAACUAAAUGCAUAAAAUUUUAUAUCUCUUUUUGUUUUUAAUUAUGUUUUUCAGGAACCAGUAAAAUAUAAACUUAAAUUUGGUACAAAUAUUUUCUGGUUGUCUCAAAUCAUGAUAACAUUAAUUUUUAAUUAUCUUAUAACGUUUAAAUUUGGCAAGCCGUAAAGGUUUUAAAGUUUAAUACAGCAAAAAAGAAUAAAAUUAUGAAAAUUAAAAAAAGUUGCUACGUUUAAGUACAAUCAUUUAGACAUCCUUACCAUACAUAUAAGUAAGUAAAUAAUGUAGAUAUAAGCUAUUCACCGUUAACCAUUUAAUUGUUUAUAUCUUUACGGCAUAAUGAUGCCGUAUAUACACUAUACUAUGUACAUAGUAUAAUAUUAUGUAUAUGGUAUAACAAAACUUACACAUUAUCAAUUGUAACAAUUGGGUACAACAAUUAUACAAAUUAUAUAAUAAACCAUGUGUUCUAUUGUACAAAUUACAUUUAAUUUAUUCAAUUACAUGAGAAUUUCUAGUCAGUCAGGUUAUUUUACAAACAAUACUAAUAAAAUGAGACCAUUCUUAAAAUUU